AGGCAAACAACGAGGACAAAUAAAGGCUCUCGGGUCUAACUCCGGAUAAACUCACAAACAGCCACUGUCGGGCCGGGCCUGAAGGCGGUGAUAGCCCGGGCUGAUGACUUUCCGCCGGAGGCCAGCAGUGAUACGGAUCUCCACACGGGAAAACGGCGCUCUCCGCGCCGCAAUGCGACCGCUGGAAGUUCCCGAGAUGAGGAGGACGCGGUACGCCGGAACGGACUCACCGGGAAAUGUUGACGUCGUCGGCGUCGACUGUGGAAGGCCUUUCUGGAUGGUCGUUGGCACGGGUCGAACGGACACCGGUUGCUGGGCAGCCAAGUCGGGCUGCUGCAUCUGCCUUGAUUGUUGGACAGUAUGGCCGCGACUAUCACGAUAUCUGCUGAUCAUCGCCCCCCGCCAUAUUACAUGGCCUCUCUCAACAUUGGGUCAUUGGGAACAUGGGCCAUUUGAAGUAAUCCCAGAGCGAACCGGGAUUAAUCUUUAAAUGGCCAGAUCGCCCGCCAGACUCAUCCCGCUGCUGCAGCUAUCGCCCUAUCGACCUAACCUAUCGAUAACGUCGCUCCCACUCGACUCCAAUUGCAACAUCAACCAAAGAUUUCGAGGGGCGCUGCCCGGAGUUUCAGCAGAACGAUGAAAUAAUUGGUAGCUUUGGAGAUACGAUGGGAUUCAACACGGCACUGAUACCAUCCUGCAGUUCGAUCGACGCCUAUCGCGGGG